AUGGACUUGGAACUGCUCCUUGGCCUCAUCAACGAGGUCGAGAAUAACAAAAACAGACGUCCGAACCGGCAAGGAAAAGUUCUAGGCCAGCUCAAUUCCUCGCAACAGCACGCCGCUCGAAUCUUGGACGGACUGGCAGGGAUUCUUGUGUCUAAGGCUGGCGAAGUGGUAGCUGUUGGCGUCCAGGAAAGCGAGAGAAAGAUCAUAGUAACAAUCUCUACCAACGAAGAUUGCUUCCCGCUCCAUAUCUAUGACCAUCUUACCACUGUGUGGGCGCUGCUGAAGGGAAUCUCGGAUGGGUAUAACCAGGAUCGAGUACAGUCAAAGCGACCUUCGCAUAUUACGACUUCGACGCACAAGCUACCUGAGGAGACGCAACAAAAGAUUUACAACUUCCUGCUCGCCAUUUACAGAUAUUCCUCAGAGGGGCUCCUUCACACCAUCAACAAACGUUUCCGAGAGAACGAAACACGUUUGGAGGCAUUUAAAAGGAUUGUCAGUUCACUUGAUGCCCAGCAGAAAUUAACAGCCUCAUUGGAUGAAAUCUGGUUCCCUCUAGCCACGUAUCUUGAAAAAAUUCCCUCGAUGCAAAAAGGAGUCAACUGGUUGUUGGCCUUUGCGUAUGACCCAACACUUCGGCCUCGCUUUUUCACCGGCCAGGGUAUUGAAAUUCGCUGCGUCUCCCCAGGAAGAGAAAACAUUCGGUUGCCCAGGCCUAAGCGGUGGAAGGAGGUGGCCCGCGCAGCCCUAGAGAGCCAAGGCGAAACCCUGCGAGCUUCCGACCCCAAGCCUGGAUCCAGCCGUCACUUAAAGAAAAACCAGAGUAUCAACGCCGCAGUACACUGUGAGGUAGCUCUCGCGCUCCAUUUCCUCUCAAAAGAUCUGGAAGGCCCUUCGCCGCUGCCCUACAUUGGCAUCUCAAAGCCCUCGUGCUAUGCAUGUUGGGGGAUCUUUCGGUGUCUUCAGAGGUCUGGCGCUGGUCUUUUUAUAAGAAGAACUAAUUCGAAUGCACCGUUCCCUUGGAAGUACCCUAGCACUGAACUCGACAGCUCGACCUACAACGCCGCUAAAAUUUAUCAGGAAUUCUACUCCAUUAUUGCAGAAAGGUCGAAAGGCGCUUUGGGAUCGAAUUCGCAUCCGGAAAAGGUUGCAUUUGUUCUGGCUGCGGUUGAACAACUCACGAAGGAAAUUUAG